CCGCUUCGUUGUAGUGGGGGGGGGACUCCUUACUGUGUUGCAGUACAACAGGAAGUUGUUGGUACAUUUGCUGCCUCGCUGAGGUGGAUGAAUGGAUGGAGGCUCUGCUGAUGGAUGCUCUGCUGAUGGAGGAGCUGUGUCUUCGCUCACGUCUGUCCAAGAUGCCGUGAGCCCUUCAGGCUCGUAACUAAACUGCCGCCGCUGCUGAUACUUAAAGAUUUCUCUCCUCCGCUGCUCCAGGGUACCAUGGCAACGAGGAUGAAGCUGAAGCUGAAGACCGUGUUCGUGCUCUACUUCAUGGUCUCCCUCCUGGGCCUCAUCUAUGCACUGAUGCAGCUCGGUCAGCGCUGCGACUGCACCGAACACGACAUCCCGAAAGACCGUACCAUAUCUCGGCUGCGGGGGGAGCUGCACCGUCUUCAGGAGCAGAUAAGGAAGUCGGAGGCGACCAAGCAACCCCAGAAACCGCCGGCCAGGCAGCCCACCGUCUUUGUCAUCACCCCGACAUACGCGAGGCUGGUGCAGAAGGCCGAGCUGACUCGUCUGUCCCAGACCUUCCUCCAUGUUCCUCAGCUCCACUGGAUCGUGGUGGAGGACUCGCCGCACAAGACGCCACUGGUGACUGAUCUCCUGGUGAAGAGUGGCGUGACCUACACACACCUACACAUGCCCACCGCCAAGGACCGUAAACUGCAGGAGGGUGACCCCAGCUGGCUGAAGCCCCGUGGCGUCGAGCAGAGGAAUGAGGGUCUACGGUGGCUCAGAGAGGACAGAAGGGCUCAACCGGGAGGAGACAACCAGCAGGGAGUGGUUUACUUCGCUGAUGACGAUAACACAUACAGCCUGCAGAUAUUUGAAGAGAUGAGGAGUACCCAGCGAGUAUCAGUGUGGCCGGUGGGGCUGGUUGGAGGGAUGAAAUACGAGAGGCCCGUGGUUGAAGGAGGAAAGGUGGUUCGCUUUCAUACCGGCUGGCGCCCCAGCCGUCCCUUCCCGAUGGACAUGGCCGGCUUCGCCGUGUCCCUAAAACUGGUCCUGUCCAAUCCAGAGGCUUGUUUUGAUGGCGAGGCACCAAUGGGCUUCCUGGAAAGCAGCUUCCUUCAGGGAUUGGUUACCAUGGACGAACUGGAGCCCAAAGCGGACAACUGCUCUAAAGUGCUGGUGUGGCACACACGGACAGAGAAACCGAAGAUGAAGAGAGAGGAGGCUCUGCACGCUCAGGGACUGGGUUCAGACCCUGCGGUGGAGGUCUGAGGGACACACACACACACACGCACAAUCACACACACACACACAUACACACUGUAAAGCGUACUCUGCUGUUUAAUGCUGCAUAAUGUAACUCUGCGUUGUAAAUACUGUAAAACAGAAAAACAUCAGUUCGAGGUGACAUUUAAACUCAGCUGGUUACGAUGUCUGCUCUUUUCGUGUCAGGUAGUAAACGUACGUGUGUGUAUAUAUUGAGUGAGUGUUAAAGCUGUGCUGCCUGUAUGUUCAUGUACGUAUCAGGGUUUUUUUUUUCGUUACAGUUAGUUGACUUUAUCCAGCAGCGCAGUGGAUGAAACUCUGGAGUUUAAACAGUCGCCUGAUGGGGGCGCCAGUUUUUAACCUUGCAGGGCCGUGCUGUUACACCACAAUACACUCGCAGCUGGAGGAGCGAUGCAGACGUAUCUGUAGGGUGAACUCCUUCCUCUGCAGUGUAACUCAUUCCUGACAGUGGCUCUGGCUCUUGUUUCCUCUGCUGAUCUGUAAUCGGCAUCUUUGACUGAUUUCUAAGAUACAGUUGCGACAGAGCACUUUGUUCAUGCAUGGCUUCUAUUUUUGCGUGGCUAGUGUCCAUGUGAUUGUAUUCAACCAUGUUUCUUUUAAAAAAAUCAUAAUCACAGCACGAUAAAAAGCUCUAUACAACCUGUCUAAUCCAAAUGUCUGCGUUUGCUAUCAAGUUAAUAGUAUUGUGAAGCAAAGGUAGUGCAAAUGCGCAUUUCUUGACAGUAAGCACUUCAUAACAUGAACAAAAGACACAAAACACACUCAUUUAUUUAAAGAAAUACGCCACAAUAGCCGUCACCUCGUAUUUAUUAUGCUCUCAAACACCUGUGUCACAAACACAUGGUGCAACUUAGCAACACUGUUCUGCAACAUAGACAUAACAUACAGAGGAAGGUUUCACACCCAGUGUAGCUUUAGUGUUAAAGCUCAGAGCUCACUAUUAGUGUUAAUAGUGUCAUAGCACAACAAGUAGUUCCAACCAGCUGUUUUUAGUGAUUUUUUGUUUUUAACAACUUGUGGAAUCCAUUUAUAGGCCAUUUGUUCUUCUUAUGCAAAAGCACGCCGUCCAUGUUACAUUUCCACACUCUGACACAAGAAAAAGACUUGAAUUUGCCUUUUUAAUAGGCAGGAAAUCCCUGGUACUUUUACAGUAGCAGUAUAGAGUGUAUUUGAAUGAAUAUGAAUUGAAUUACUCAAGCUGCGUUUGAUUAUCUUCCCUCAGAAGUUGGAAGAACAAAGAGCGAAACAACACGCAUCGAGCGAGUGCUCCUCGGCUACUGCUGUAUGAUACUGUAAAAACAAGCUAGUGCCUGCUUAAGUGUAAUUUAGUGCCUGUAAGUUGAUUCUCCAACGGUGUAUAAUGUAUUUAUUACUGUAAUAUCGUUCUUUUCAUUGUACCAUGUGAUGAUGUCUGUUCUCUGGCCUUGAAAAUAAACCUACAUGAUGUAAAACAUG